AUGGCAGAUCACACGAGCCCACAGUUGCAAACAAGACGAGGUCAAUGGCGCAGAGACGUGACAGGAAAAAGGGAAGAUCUACAGAACUCAACAAACGAUAAUGUCCCAGAACCUGAUUUACUCCCAAACAAUCAAAGACCUGCCUUCGAGAAUCAAGGUUCUGGUUCAAAUUCAGCACUUUCGGGAUCUGACCAGUCACCAUUUACGCCAGGCACCUUGCGUGCUGCUCUCGAUGCAGAAACAACAUUUGGGACGGACUCCUCCGGCCAGUUCGACCUGUUUAUGAGAACCUUUGAUCAGACAACAAACCUAACGAAGAACCAUGACCCUAUCGAGAUGGGACUGAUUAGUAGACCGUCUGCUCAAAUUCUCUUCGAGGGGAUAUUCCAGCCUCAAUCCCACAAGACAAUCAGAGACCACUCCGAAGCACUACUGGGUAGAGCUCUUUUGCAAUGCGAUUCUGCAAUAGAGAACAUAUGGGCUAUCAUCUGCAUGUAUUAUUGGAAAGACAAAAAUGAUAAGAGAGGGGCAAUAUUGAUUGGUUUUGCCUCACAGAUGGCCGCCUAUGCCGAAUGGAACAUGAUGUACCAGAAUGCACCAGGCAGAGGACAAACUCUUGACUCAUCUGAGCUACAGUCGCGACAGGAAAGAGACAGAAAGAGAGGUUUAACUAUCCUUCAUAACACUGAGAGGAUUUAUCGUUUAGGUGAUUGUACAUCUGUCAAAAGCCAAGAGAUGACACAAAUUGCACGCGAUGUGUAUGAAAGCAUGGCAAAAUUCGGAGAACACCAUGAUUCCUACCCAACAACCGUUGCCGACUUUGAGAGUUUUCAAAAUGUCAUGAAUUCAUUCCACAGCCGGAUUAAUGAAUGGAGAGACCAAUGGUGUACUAUGUAUUCGAACUUUCCCUACUUGGAGCCUCUGCAACGACCCAUCACCCUCCUUCACCGUGACUACAUGUGCCUCUACUUUAACACUAUUCAUCUCCACAUGCUAUUGGAGUCAGACGACAGGCCUUUACUCGGAGAUCAAAUAGCCCAGACGGCCUGUAUUUGCUUCUCCAGCGCUUUCGGCAUAUUGCAACAUGCAGUUCAUUUCGGGGAGAUCAACGUUAUUUACUAUCUUUGGGAUAACGCGCAUAACAUGGUUGCAUAUGCGGCAAUGCUUAUCCCUAAAUUGCUGGAACAAGGCAUUGAUGAACCUACCAUGUUGAAACAACAAGCGGUAUCGAUACUUGAUCAAGUAAACACAACGUACCUCAUCGCAAGCAGGUCGAUGGUUAGUCAGGAGUCUCAAACACCAGAUUGUCAAAACGAAAAUGAGUGUCAUUUAUCUACUCAGUCACGACUACUAUCAGCCAUCCUUGGGAUAAUUAAUAGUUCUACGACAUACGUCGAAGAGAGUCCGGAAGCCAGAGGAUUAUCCAAUAUAUCUUUCAACCCGGAUCUUCCAUGGCUUGAAGAAGACCAAACUUCAUUCAACUACUUUUCCGAAGACAGGACGAAUCAUCUGGAGUCUCGAAACAUUGGUUUUGAUGCCCACACAUUCGCUCAGUCCGACUAUUUCAACUCGCGUGUGUCGCAGGAAUACGAAGAGCUAAAUUUGUUGGAGAAGAAGGGCUUUCUCGAGUCAAUGUAUCUUAAUGCCGGAUUACUCCCGUUGCAAAAGUCGGGGAUUCUUUCGAGGGAUCUGUGA